UCAAUACUGGCAGCUCCGGGGCUCCACAAUCACUUUCACUGCCCGAACUGCUUCCUAGCUGCACAGCGCAAGAAGGCAUGCUCAUAAAAUACCUCAGGUGGCGCGAUAGGUAGCAUGUCAGUCGUGUGGUCCAUCUGCGUCGCCUUCGGCCGCAUCACCACUCUCUUGCAGGUCAUCCUAUACCUACCACUCACCUUGGACGUAGCUGGUGUGGAUGCCUUCUUGGCGCUCUCCGCUUCACUGGCCUGCUACUACUUCUUUCUUUCCUCUAUACGAGCACUCGUCAAAGGCACGAGCUUGGCCUGGCUAGGCACAUUCCUCGCGACGUUUCAAUUCCUCGUCGUACCAGCAUGUCUGCUUGUCGUCUUCAAUGUCUACUCUCCUCCCAGUAGCUCUUACUUCUCCACAAAACCCCAAUCCAGGGUAGGGGCCUUUGCAUCAGCGCUUGGUGGAGACAACAGUAGUGUAGGGGCGAUCGCAGAGCUGAGAGCAGUCCUGCACGGCGUAGGUCUCGCUGAGGGCUUGCUCGGGGAGACCGUAGGAAUAGCUGUAUCAAGCGUGUUGGAAUGGAUUGUGGAGCACACCUUCUGGCUCGCUAGGGCUGUGCCGCCUUGGUGGCAUACUUUGCUGAGAUGGAGCAGCCCGGCGUUUAGCUUAUUGGAAGGCAUCUCAACUCUAUUGGUCAUUCAGGUGCUUGGCAGCCUAUCGCGAUACAUCAUCGCCGCUUCGCUCUCAUCCCCUCCCUCGCCACGCCGAAAAUGGCUUUCCUGGCUGCCAUCAUUUGGCUUAGGUGGAGCAGAAGGCUGGCAGCUCCUCUUUCUGGUCAGCGCUGCGUUCGUAUACGUCUCGAGUGCCGUAGCGCUCUACCUGUCAUUCGAUGGAGCCACUAGAAACCGCCCUGGCGCCGCGGCAGCUACUGGUGCAGCUGUAUCAUCCACGCUGUGGCUCACUGCCAUCGCGUUUGCAGUCCGAAAAGGCAACGUCAUAGAAACCAGUCUUAUGUUCGGCUAUGUGGUGUGGAACGUCUAUCAGCUAGCAGAUUCCCUUGCAUUUACUGCGGAUCCGCUGGCACUCAUUCGGUCCUUCAAGACUGACUCGCUCGCAUCCGCGCCUUUGCCGCCCUUGAUCCUCGCAUCUGCAACCGCUCUAUUCGAUCUUGCUGGACAUACGCUAGGCCACUCGGCGCGAUUCAUUGCAGCCGCAGGAGCGGCUUUGCCGAAGAGUGUCAUCGUCAGUCUAGUGUACAGGUUGAUGGUGCUAUACGCUGCAUCGCGCAUCUUGCCCGUCCUGAAGGCAGCCGAAGGCGCGUGGAGGGACCAACAAGUGCAGCAGGAAGAGGAAGACAGCGGCUCGGAGACCGACGAGGAACUCAGAAUGGACGGGAUGGUAAAGGGAAAGGCGAAAGAGGGGGUCGAGACCAAAUUGCGUGAUCGAAAGGCUGCGGCGGCGGCUCGGCGCAGGAAGCGAUUGCGGCGGAGCCAGGAUCGGGAUGAGCCUUUUGGGGCUUUCAUUUCGAUCAUUGUCUCCUAUUCCCGGCUUUUGCUAAUAGCAGUCUACUCGCAUCUUCUACUGCUGGACCAGAGCCACAUGACAGUCCAUAGGUUUCUCGCUGUGGGCACAGCGCUGACAGUGUGGUCCUUUGAGCUGGUCUUAGGUGACUCGGAGGAAGGUAUGAGGAACACCUCGUGGUAAAACACCUGAAACCUGUGGAGCAGCAUACAGUCGCAAUUCGAUCGCAAUUCUCCAAACACUAGUCAUUUUGUCACGCGCAGACGCUCUUGAACUUCACGGCGUCGCCCACACAAAUCUGAGCCAGAAGGUCAUGCGCUCAUUAGAGGCGGCACGACUUUCAAAAGCCAACAGGUGGCAAGCUAGGCAGGCAGUACUGCAUGGACCCAACGGGCCGCGGGUCCGGGUGGGGCGAUCUUCAGCUCGACAAAAGUCGCGAAAUGGCGUGAAUGAGCACGCAACGCUGCGCCUUCACCAUCUGAACGGGGAGCCGCAACUGCGAUUGGAAGAGAUAGAGGCCAGUCUGGUGGCGGGGUCAAAAUGGUGAAGUAACACAAGGCGCGAUCGCCACUCCCAUCGGUGAUGCGUCACCUGCCGCCACGCGCUUUCCUGGCAGCUCUUAGCCUGCAGUAGUAGUGUGAGUGUGGGGCAGCCAGACGGAAGCC